GAGAGAGAGAGAGAGAGAGAGAGAGAGAGAGAGGUGUGUGUGUGUGUGUGUGUUGGUGGUGUGUGUAUGAACAGCAUGGCCAACAUCGCGGUUCAGCGGAUCAAACGGGAGUUUAAAGAGGUCCUGAAAAGUGAAGAGACGAGUAAAAACCAAAUCAAGGUGGAUUUAGUGGAUGAGAAUUUCACAGAAUUGAAGGGGGAGAUCGCAGGACCGCCAGACACACCUUAUGAAGGUGGCAGAUAUCAGCUAGAAAUUAAAAUUCCAGAGACAUAUCCAUUUAAUCCGCCAAAGGUUCGGUUUAUAACGAAGAUCUGGCAUCCCAACAUCAGCUCAGUAACAGGUGCCAUUUGUUUGGACAUCCUGAAGGACCAGUGGGCGGCGGCGAUGACCCUCCGAACAGUCUUACUGUCACUACAGGCCCUUCUGGCCGCCGCUGAACCAGAUGAUCCACAGGACGCAGUAGUUGCCAAUCAGUAUAAACAGAACCCAGAGAUGUUCAAACAGACGGCUCGACUCUGGUCACAUGUUUACGCAGGAGCUCCCGUCUCCAGCCCAGACUACACACGCAAAAUAGACAAACUCUGCGCUAUGGGCUUUGAUAAAAAUGCAGUAAUAGUGGCGUUGUCGUCGAAAUCCUGGGACGUGGAGACGGCGACAGAACUGUUGCUUAGCAACUGAGUCCAACUCGAGGGGCCAAAGCACCUUAUCUGACACAAUCCCACCCCAAAAUCUCCUCCUCCUCCUCAAUCCAAACUACCUUCAUCUUUCUGUUUCUUUCUUUAUCCAUCUUUUACCAUUCCUCCGUUCAGAAUAGUUCAUCCCAAACUGAAAAUGGCGUCAUCUUUAUGUUGUUCUAAACUCGGCUGACUUUAUUUCUUCAGCGGGAGACGUUGAGCUGAAUGUUUACGCUGCUCUUAUUUAGCAGGAAAAGCCUCCACCCCUUUCCUUGUAUAAUGCAGAUUGGAAUAGAAGUUUGAUUCCACCGUCAAAUUAAAAAAAAAACAAUUGGUCUUUGUUUCUCGCAGUUUUAACUGAAUAUAAACUCAGAAUUCAUUUUUUCCCCUUGCAAUUCUAAAUUUAUAUCUCAUUAUUCCAAGUUUGUUUUUGAGAAUUGAGACUUUCUCAGAAGUGCAGUUUUAUAUCUUGUGAUUCUGAGAAAAAGAAAAAAAAAAAAGCAGGCUUCCAUAUGUUUGGAACAACAUGAAAGUGAGUAAAAUGUACAUUUUUAUUCAUUUUUGAGUGAACUGACCAUUUCUUCUCUAUAUCUCUUUUUCUGUUGUUUACUUAUUUUGGUUUGGAUGUGCCUUUUUUGUUUCUCUCUUAAAUUCAUCUUUAUCAUCAUCAUCUCUCUCAGAUGAGUCCAGCUGUCUGACUCUAGCCCCGCCCCCUCACCCACACGCCCAAUCAGCACUGCAGUCUUUCUCCCACCUGCACAAUCAUUGGCCCUUUUAUCUGGAACACCUUUGGGUUCCGUUUUUAAAACUCGAACAGUGUCACACAGACCGUCAAAUGGUUCCUUCACUCAUACAUGUUAAUCUCAAACAGUCAAGACUGGAAAAAUCUCACACACACGCAAAUAUACGAAAGACGAGAGUUCAUCUGUAAAUAAAGCUAUUAAAGUCUGUAUAAAUUAAAGCAAUGUGGCAAUGCCUUUAUUUAUUAUUGCUUUGUGGAAUAGUGAAAUAAACACCAGUUUCAUGGCUGAGCACA